GCAGGUCCACGCGGCCGUGCACCUAUCGCGCCUACUCCAGCGUGUCAUCUGCGGGGUGGACAUCACGUACAUCGUGCAUAGAUAAACUCGUUCCGUACCGAGAUGUCCUUCCCCCUUCCCUUCUUUCUGAGGUCUCAAGCUUCUUACUCGUCUCCUUCUCUACGUUUCAAUUUCCGUCUUCUGACCCGCCCAUCUUGCAUCGGAAGCUAUCAGAGCAAUCACAGAUACAGCACGAUGUCCGACCUGUUCGUCGAGCUGACUGCCCCUAACGGCCACAAAUACAAGCAGCCGCGAGGUUUGUUCAUUAACAAUGAGUUUGUGAAGUCACAGUCUGGAGAAACGAUCACGAGCAUCAACCCCAGCAACGAGAGCGAGAUCACAUCCGUCUAUGCUGCAGGCCCAGAAGAUGUCGACACUGCAGUGGCUGCGGCGCGGAAAGCAUUUAAAGACCCUUCAUGGCGCGACAUGGACACCAAUGCGCGAGCAGACCUUCUGUAUAACUUCGCUCAGUUGAUCGAGAAGCACAGGGAAACUCUCGCAACAAUCGAAACCUGGGAUAAUGGAAAGCCAUAUCAAGUUUCUUUGAACGACGAUCUCGGCGAGGUUAUCAGCACGAUCAAAUACUAUGCCGGCUACGCCAACAAGAUCCACGGACAAGUCAUUGACACCUCGCCCGCCAAACUCGCUUAUACGGUACGAGAGCCGCUUGGUGUUUGCGCUCAAAUUAUCCCUUGGAAUUUCCCACUGGCCAUGGCGGCAUGGAAACUGGGUCCUGCCUUGUGUACGGGUAACACCGUAGUGAUGAAGGCUGCUGAGCAGACGCCGUUGUCCAUUCUGUACCUCGCAUCGUUGGUCAAAGAGGCAGGGUUCCCACCUGGUGUCAUCAACAUCCUUAACGGCGAAGGCCGCAAGGCGGGUGCAGCGUUGGCCCAGCACAUGGACGUUGACAAGAUUGCCUUCACUGGGUCAACGGCGACCGGAAAGGAAAUCAUGAAGAUGGCCGCUGUGAACAUGAAGAACAUCACCCUAGAGACCGGUGGGAAAUCGCCGCUGUUGGUCUUUGACGACGCCGAUCUGGACCAGGCGGUCAAGUGGUCGCAUGUCGGGAUCAUGUACAACCAGGGCCAGGUCUGUACGGCGACGUCCCGUAUUCUUGUUCAAGAAGGCAUUUAUGACAAGUUUGUGGAAUCAUUCAAGGAAUAUGUGUCCAAGGCUUCGGUAGUCGGUGACCCGUUCAAAGACGAUACGUUUCAAGGCCCACAGGUCACCAAGACACAGUUUGAGCGAGUCCUCUCCUACAUUGAGUCCGGAAAGUCCGAGGGAGCCAAGCUGAUCUCUGGAGGCGAAGCUUUCAAAGACGUAGGCGGCAAGGGAUUCUUUAUCGCACCUACCAUUUUCACCGAUGUCAAGGAUGAUAUGAAGAUCUACCGUGAAGAGGUUUUUGGCCCAUUUGUGGUGGUAUCCUCGUUCAAAACUGAAGAGGAGGCCAUCGAACGUGCGAACGACAGCUGCUAUGGUCUGGGAGCUGCUUUGUUUACCCAGGACAUCACAAAGGCUCACACCGUCGCGAGACGGAUCGAAGCGGGAAUGGUUUGGAUCAAUUCGAGCAACGAUUCUGACGUGCGCGUGCCGUUCGGAGGUGUCAAGCAGAGCGGCAUUGGACGAGAGCUCGGCGAAGCCGGUCUAGAAGCGUACACCAACAAAAAGGCUAUCCACGUCAACCUCGGGAGCAGACUAUGAGCGUGGUCGAGCGCCCGGCGGACGGUGAGCGCCACGUGGAUUUAUAUAAGCAAAAACCAAUCAUCUCCAUAUCGACCGGUACAUUCCCGGUAUAUUCUUGUUCCAAGGCCUCGUUGUCGGAAUUCCAUCUUGGCGCCAAUGUGCUGGGCAUUCUGAGCGUGCAGGUCGGAGGUCCAUAGCAAGCUGUUGAAAGCAGCUCCGAAGCUCACCAGCAGAAUCAAAUAAGAUCAAAUGACAGUUACUCAU